CCGCAAGAGCGCGAGCGCGCUCGCUCGCCUGCGUGCCUCCUCGUACCCUGCCCGCGUGUCACGCGGCGGAGGUGAUGACGUGCCGGCGGUGCGCCCACCCACGCGCCGACGCACUUUCGACGCGAGAUCGCGCGGACUCGGUGGCGGCGGACGCUCGGCGGAGCUGCGCGCUGUCGGUGCGCGUCGGAGGCUGCGGGGACGCUGCGGCGCGCAUCUCUCGGUAAACAGCGGGGUGGAGAGACACAGAGAGAAGGAGAGAGUGAGGGAGAGAGAGGGAGAGGAUGCUGCAGUCGGCACGCCGCUCUGCCCAGGGGAACUGUUCUCCUUUUCUCUGUUUUUCUUUCUUUUUUUUUUUAUUUGAUUGAAGAAAAAAAAUUGAGCAUGCAUUUCUUUAAAAAAAAAUAAGCGUUGCUUAUAAGGCGUUGCGCAUCGCAUCCUGGUUUGGUGCGUAUGGAGUAGUGGAGUGACCUGGACCAUACAACAUCUCUAAUGUAAAAAAAGAAAAAAAAGUCAAACACAUGUCCAAAAAAUCCUGAAUCCUGACAUUUCAAUUUAUAUCUAUAUUUUAUCUUUUUUUAUCGUUUAUUGGAUGCAAAAAGAAAAAAAAAAAACAAGGAGAAGAUGAAAGCCUUCAGAUUGGCAUCAAUACAGCACCUGGAGCCGGGAAGAGAGAGAAAAGUCAUGGAUGCUCGAGCCGGAGGAGGGAGGUGUGUGUAUCUGUGUGUAAUAUCAGUGAUUGGACCUGCAGCCGGAUCAGGGACAGGGAAUGGACAGACAGAACACUCCGCCUGAGAGAGAGAGAGAGAGAGAGACAGAUCUCUUAACAUCAGCAUGUGUUGCACUGACGGAUUGUUAUUCAUUUCUAUGUAUUUAUUAUUAUCAUUAUUAUUAUUAUUUUAAUUUAAAAUGUCAGUGUUUAAAUGCUGCAUGAAAUAUUUACGCCUGGCUAACAGCGGAUGAGAGCGAGAAUGAAUAAUUCAUUAACUGCACUCAUUUCUUUUAAUUGCUUACGAUACUAGAACACAAGCACAGUAUACAGUACAAACCAGUGAACUUGCUCAACACCAUCUAGGCCUUUCUCCAGAGCAACUACCUAAAUGACCUCCCCCCUUAACACGUGAGUGACCAUUGAAAUCGUCAGAUAGUCUUAAUCUUAUUGUAAUUCUAAUCAGACGUAAAAAAAAAAAUAAUAAAUAAAAAAGCACUAAGCCUACUGUACAGUGAGGAUCAAGCUGGACGUUUCGAUGACAAACCACGUAAGGUUGUGCUGGUGACUUUUUGGCGUGGGGUUUGGAACACGUCCCGACACUGCUUUCUUACCCGACCUGUGUAAAAGUUUUAUAGAACUGAGGGAAGGCAAUGAUGGAUGUCUUAAAACGAAAGACUUUUUGGAAAGGCUUAUUUAUGCCUUGCUGAACUGCCGCUUCGUAGGCUUUACCCUCUGAGCUCCACAGACUUUCACUCGAAAAAGAAAAAAUAACAGACGGACUAAACUAAGAGAAGGCCUGGGAUCCUGAAGCCUCCUCUUUCUUUGAGCACGCUCGUGCUCGCAGAAAGAGCUUUGCCACAGUGAGGCAGAGAAGCAUGGAAACUCCGCCCACUGCCCCUCCACAGCAAUUUCGUCAGUCGAGUUUUCUUAGCCGCCGUCUGAAAAGCUCAAUCAAGCGAGCCAAGAGCCAGCCCAAACUUGAUCGCACCGGAAGCUUUCGCCACAUGAUUCUCCCACGAUUCCGCAGUGCUGACCAGGAAAGGACACGUCUGAUGCAGAGCUUCAAGGAGUCGCAUUCCCACGAGUCUUUGCUGUCGCCGAGCAGCGCGGCCGAGGCGCUGGACCUCACGCUGGACGAGGAUGCCAUCAUCAAGCCCGUCCACUCCAGCAUCCUCGGCCAGGAGUACUGUUUCGAGGUAACAACAGCUUCAGGCACGAAGUGUUUCGCCUGUCGAUCGGCUGCCGAGCGGGACAAGUGGAUUGAGAACCUGCAGCGAGCUGUUAAGCCCAACAAGGAUAACAGUCGUCGGGUGGACAAUGUUCUUAAAUUGUGGAUUAUCGAGGCGCGGGAUCUUCCACCUAAAAAGCGCUACUACUGCGAGUUGUGCCUGGAUGACAUGCUGUACGCGCGCACCACCAGCAAGCCUCGAACAGACACGGUGUUCUGGGGUGAGCACUUCGAGUUCAACAACCUCCCGGCUAUCCGAAGCCUGCGCCUGCACCUGUACAAGGAGACGGACAAGAAGAGACGCAAGGAGAAAAGCACAUAUCUCGGCUUGGUCAGCAUUCCCAUCUCGAGCAUCACAGGUCGUCAGUUUGUGGAACAGUGGUACCCAGUCAUCCAGCCCAGUGUCCUUGCAAAGGGUGGAGGUGUGGGCAGUGGAAAGGUCAUUAAUGCCUCACUGAGGCUCAAAUCGCGCUAUCAGACUAUGAGUAUCUUGCCCAUGGAGCUGUAUAAGGAGUUUGCAGAGUAUGUGACGAAUAAUUAUCGCACUCUCUGUGCUGUCCUGGAGCCACUGUUGAGCGUGAAGAGCAAGGAGGAAGUGGCCUGCGCUCUGGUGCACAUCCUACAGAGCACCGGCAAGGCCAAGGAUUUUCUUUCGGACAUGGCAUUAUGUGAGGUGGAUCGAUUCAUGGACAGAGAGCAUCUCAUCUUCAGGGAGAACACACUGGCGACCAAAGCCAUAGAGGAGUACCUCAAACUUGUUGGACAUCGCUACCUUAAAGACACCAUUGGUGAGUUUAUUCGUGCACUGUAUGAGUCAGAGGAAAACUGUGAGGUGGACCCCAUGCGAACCCCACCUUCCAUGCUCCCAGACCACCAGGCUAACCUACGCAUGUGCUGUGAACUUGCACUCUGCAAGAUCAUCAACUCCCAUUGUGUUUUUCCACGGGAGCUGAAGGAAGUGUUUGCAUCGUGGCGUGUGCGUUGUGCUGAACGAGGUCGUGAGGAUAUUGCAGACCGGCUCAUCAGUUCAUCAUUGUUCCUGCGCUUCCUGUGUCCAGCCAUCAUGUCUCCAUCACUGUUUAACCUGACGCAGGAGUACCCAUCUGAGCGCACAUCCCGAACCCUCACGCUCAUCGCCAAGGUGGUGCAGAGCCUGGCCAGCUUCUCCAAGUUUAGUGGUAAAGAGGAUCAUAUGAUGUUUAUGAAUGAGUUCCUGGAGAUGGAGUGGGGAUCCAUGCAGCAGUUCCUCUAUGAGAUCAGUAAUGUGGACUGUGGUAGUAACGCGGGGGCAUUCGAGGGUUACAUCGACCUUGGCCGAGAGCUCUCAAUUCUACACAGCCUGCUCUGGGAAGUUAUGGCCCAACUCAGCAAGGAUGCUAUUUUGAAGCUAGGGCCGUUGCCCCGCUUGCUAAAUGACAUCAGCAUGGCUCUGAGGAACCCGCAGCUGCACCGGCAGGCGAGUCACCAGCCACCUGAACGCCACCUCGCACGACCUCCCUAUAGCCGUCCAGCCACCAAUGACUUCCAGAGCCUGAUGAUGAGGGAGCAGAACAGUUCUAUAGAUAUCUCUCGUCUACCAUCUCCUACCUCUGGAGGCGGUGCUCUCUCUCACCCAGGCAUGGCUGGCUUCGAAAGGGAUCCCCGUGGCAACAAAGAGGUGUUCUAUGUGGCACGCCCACCCUUAGCCCGCUCAAGCCCUGCCUACUGCACCAGCAGCUCUGACAUCACAGAGCCAGACCCAAAGGUGCUGAGUGUGAAUAAGAGUGUAUCUAUGAUGGACCUGCAGGACUCGCGCAUCAACAGCAUUUCCAACCUGCACUCUGUAAACGACAUGCUGAACUCGUCACAGGGCUCCAUCGCUGGACUGGGCAGUUUCGGUGGCGCUCCUCUGCGGCUUGGGGGCAUGAGGUUCAGCCAUUCGGGCGGCCUGGCCUCGGACUCGCUAUCCCAGCAGCAGCAGCAUGCAGCAGCAGCGAUGCACGUCCCACUCUCCUUCCAGAACCCGCUGUUCCACUUGGCUUCGGAUGGGCCUCAGUACCAUGGCCCACCCCAUGCCUCGCAUGCCCCACCUCUCCUGCUUGCCCCAGAGCCUGAGAACGGGCAUGCAGGUUUCGGUGUGCCGGCCUUUGGCCAUGGUGGGUUCUCUCGCAGUGAGGAUCUUUCUGCCCUGCGCACGCAGAACAGCCUGGUGCAGCCCAGUAUCGUCCACUCGCACAGCUACAGCGACGACUACACCCGCCACAACCAGGCUGACUACGCACGCCGGCAGCUAUCACUACAAGUGCAGGAGAAUCUCCAUCAGCAGGUAUUAAUGGGCAUGGCUCCUCAGACCGCCACUGGCACCGGAACACCCGCCUCAGUUGCGACGCCCCCGGCCACCAUGCACCCCGUCCGCCAGGCCUCUAUGGCUCCUCCCCCUACACAGCGGAUAAAGCCUCAGCCUUCCCACCAGCUGUCAGUCAGCUCAGCUGCUAACUCCACCCCACCCAAAGUUCGACCCCAGAGUGGAAACCUCCUUCAGUCACCUGAGUCGAGUUUUGGGGCAAGGCCGAUGCCACGCCAACAGCUGUCGGUUAAGGACAGCCCCGCCCCUGGUCUCCCUCACCAAUCCAGCACAGCCAGUGAUAACCAGACACCACAGGGGGGUGCUAGUGAAAACACAGAGAAUGCACAGAGUGAUACUCCUGCUAAGACUGCUCAACAGCCCAACCAACAGCACCUCCUAAAACCAACUACUAACAAGCAGGGCUCAAAGUCUCCUUCCACACUGAACCCUCCAACCCCUGCAUCAGAGCGGACAGUGGCCUGGGUGUCCAACAUGCCGCACCUGUCAGCUGACAUUGAGAGCCUGCGUGUGGACAGGGAGGACCUAAAACUGAAGGAGCAUUCUAAAAGCAUGGACGAGUCUCGGCUGGACCGGGUGCGUGAGUACGAGGAGGAGAUCCACUCCCUGAAGGAGCGGCUGAUGAUGUCCCACCGUAAGCUGGAGGAGUAUGAACGCAGGCUGCACUCUCAAGAGCAGCAGACCAACAAGAUCCUGCUGCAGUACCAGAGCCGUCUGGACGACAGCGAGAGGAGACUGAGGCAGCAGCAGCUAGAGAAAGACUCGCAGAUCAAAGGCAUCAUCAGCAGGCUGAUGGCGGUGGAGGAUGAGUUGAGAGGCAGUGGCGUUUCUGACCUCAAAUCCGGAAUAUUUACAGGAGAGCCGAUCUAUGGUGGGCACACCGGAACAUGAGUGGACCGCAGCAGCGCGAAAGGAUAUGUGACUGGACCCACACCAGUCCAGGAACCUCGCUUGUUUUUGAUUGGUUGAGAGAGGGGAGAGAAAGAGGAAGAGCCUGAGAGAGAAAAAAAAAAAAAAAACCACAGCUCUGACACAUCAAACCCGAAAAACAAGCACACGAAAUCACAUGAGCACAUUCUUUAUGUCUCUCUACUUCUUUCUCUCCCUCUCUUUUCCUCCCUGAGCCAAAAUAAUGACAAUCACCUCUUUUUUUAUGUAGUGGAUUGACAAAUUAGCUACUUGGUGCUGUUUAUUCUAUUAUUUAUUCGGCCAUUAUUACUUUCGGAUCUUUGGUACAAAUUAAAGCUACAAACAGAGGGACGUGAUUCAUGGAUUCUCUCUCUCUCCCUGUUGUUUUUUUCUGCCCGUAGUACACCUCAGACUUUCUCUCUUAAGUCUUUCCCUCUCUCAGCAGGAGUGUUUGUUGUUCUCAGCAUGAUGGCUGUAGAGGGGUCGUGUUGGUCUGUGUGUGUAUGUCCGGUUAUGGUACGGUGCAUUACCAACUCCAUAACCCACAAGCCUCCAAGCUCUAAUAAUGACUCUUAAAUUUUGUUCUUGUGAUUUUUUUUUUUUCUUAUAAUGAGCCUUUUCAACCUUUUUAUGGAGGUGUGGUCUUUUCUGAGCCAAUCAGAUAUUGCCAUACUGCUCAGAAAGUCCUUCCUGUGCCGCGCAGUAGGCGGUGCCUCUUCUCUGUGCCUAAAGAGCUCUAUACAAAACAGGGGAAAUGAUUAAAAAAGAACAAAGAAAAAAAAAAACACUUCAUCAACAGGAGCGCACAGGACACUCCGGGGUUUUUUUUCUUUCUUUCUUUCUUUCUUUCUUUUUCUUUCUUUUUUUUUUUCCAAGCUGUGGAGUUUGAAAGAGUGUAAUGUUUGAUUAAUAUUGUCUCUGUUUGGACUUUGCUGCUUUAAGGACUUUUAAGGAUCAGCAUCCCUUCAUCUCAUUCAGUCGAUGGGACGGAAAUGACGCCAGCGCCACCGUGUGUGUGCGCGUCUACGAGCAGAAACGACCUGCUUUCGUGAGCGAGACCGUGUGCAGCGUCCGUCUGCACACGAACGAUGGGACGUAUUCCGCGUGCAGGUGCUCCUGGGCAUCGAUGCGAAUGGAUUUGUCUUUUCUUUUGUGAGCGUGUGCAUGCAUGUGCGUGUGAACUAGAGAUACAGGGGAAUAGGAACGGGAUCAGAAGGAGAACACCAAGGAUGACCAUGCUUUCAUCAGCUAACGGCAGGGACCCGCCUUGAGAGGAAACUGCAGUAGAGACGACAACGACGACAACUACAACAAAAAAACAAAAAAAACAAAAAAAAAAUCUAUAUGAUCUAGUAUUUAUAAAGUCUAGCUUUAGUAUUUAUAACUCUAGACCUAUAGCCCAUCUUUAUUCUAUUAGACUUUAUUUAAGCACAAAUGUACCCAUUACCAAUGUACUAUAUUGUGGUAAUGUACUACUAUACUACUCUCCUAAAGCUUGGAGACACGCACAUACACACACACACACACACACACACACACACACAUAUACACUCAUUCACACGCAUAAUGAUCAUAGAAGGAAGUAGUAGCAUCAUACCUCAUUCGGUCCUACUGUUAUCUUCUUCUUUCCAUUAGGCGCACCGCAUUUAUCAACCCGAGACGCUUCUGUCCGGUUUUCCUCGCCGUACGAUUGGAGAUCGGUAGCUGAUUUCUUUCGCUUGUGAGCUUCAGUAGGAUUUUGAUGUACAUAAGAGCUGAGGAUUCAAGACCUGUUGAUUUCUACAGAUUUAUUCAUUUUACCAAGUCCUAUCGUUUUUUUUCUGAUUCUUCCUUGAUGUUCGAUAGAUGAUUACACACAUACUAUACACCAUUAGUUGGUUUUGCUGGUAGGUUUUUAGUCACUUGCUUUUUAUUUAUUAUGAUUCUUCUUAUUAUUAUUAUUAUGAUUAUCAUUACUUUUCCGUGGUGGUUGAAAGUAUUGCUAACUUAUUAUGUCUGCACUUCAGAUAUUAUUUAUUUCAGAAAAAAAAACAAGAAAAAAAAAAAGAAAAACAAAAAGACAAAAGAUCUAAUCAUGCCCCGUGCCUAACUUUUCUGGUUCUGAAACUUCGGUUGGUCAGAAAGACGGCUCGGCUCGGAUCAGAACCAGGAAUAAAUGACAUACGAAGCAGAACUUUACGAUACUCUAGUCACCUUUUUUUGUGUGUAUAAAAGUCCUCCUGAGAAAGAUUGUGCUGUUGAAACUUCUUUUUUCCCCCUCCUCCUCUUCCUCCUCCUCCUCCCAUCGUGUAGCUCUAUAUUUGUUUUUUAGAGUCAUGAGAUUUUGUAUCUUAUCUUCAGAACGAAACGCCCAGAGCGGGUCUACUCCUACCCUUAAACUUAGCCAUAGACAUGGACAAGCCAUACACACCCUGUCCUUCUUACGGGCUUUAGGAGCGUAGGAAUGUAUAUAUUUCUAUAGAACCACAUAAACACGUACCGGCGAAAGGGGAAGGCGCAGUGUUUUAACAGUGUGGGAAACCUCAGCAUAUGGAGAAAUGUUGUGAAUGUUAAUAUUGUUAAGAAGACAAUUAUUCUAUUCAAAUAUUACUAUUAUUGUAAUUAUCAUUGCUUUCAUUUUCUUGAUGAUAUGAUUAUUGAUUGAUCAGAAAAAAAAAAUCUUUCAUUUUGUGAAUAUGAGUUUACUAUUAUUCCAGAAGUUUAAA